CCCGUCUCUAUAAGAUACGCCAUCGAUCCUCAUCCCCCUCCAGUUCUUCAUCGAGAGCUCUGACCUUUCUUCAUUGAAGCUCGAGCGAGGGAAGCUUCCUCUCACGAUCUUUUUACGUAGAUCCACAGAGACAAGGGUGAAGCGCAGAACAACCCACCUGGGAUUUGUACAGAGAAGCCCCGGAAGCUCGGAACCGCGCCCUCGGGUCGGGCUUCCUUUGUCCAGUCCUACAGCACGGUUGUCAUACUUUUGAUGGAAAGAUAGUACAUGGGCUGCUUUUGCUCAAAAAGUGUUAAGCAGACGCCUGGGUACGAGGAGCCUAUUGUUCUGGCUGCUGAGACCCCUUGUGAGUACGCAUUUACCGUAAGCGAAGUGGAGGCGUUAUAUGAGCUCUUUAAGAAACUAAGCAGCUCAAUUAUUGAUGACGGGCUUAUUCACAAGGAAGAGUUCAAUCUUGCUCUUUUCAGGAACAGAAAUAAGAGGAAUCUCUUCGCUGACAGGAUUUUUGACCUAUUUGAUGUGAAACAAAAUGGUGUCAUUGAGUUUGGGGAAUUUGUCAGAUCUCUGGGCGUCUUUCACCCGGAUGCACCAAUAGAAGACAAAACUGCAUUUGCUUUCAGACUGUACGACUUGAGGCACACUGGAUACAUUGAGCAAGAAGAGUUGAAGGAGAUGGUAUUGGCACUUCUACACGAGUCAGAUCUUGUUCUUUCAGAGGAUGUUGUUGAAACAAUUGUGGAUAAGACCUUCAGCGAAGCAGAUGCGAAAGGUGAUGGGAAGAUCGACCAGGAAGAAUGGGAGGAGUUUGUGUCCAAGAACCCUUCGCUGAUCAGGAACAUGACGCUACCGUAUUUGAAGGACAUUACACUGGCAUUCCCGAGUUUUGUGCUUAGUUCCGAGGUAGAAGAUUCAGAGGUGUAACCUUCAGAUAAUGCCCGCAUGGUGAAGUUAAUCCAUUAACCGCCAUGAAUGAAUGCAAGCAACAUCGAACGACAUCCGUCAUCGGCACAAAGAGAGCAUCCAACAUGAUGCGAACCAGCACGGUAACUGGGUCAUCCAUCAAUCAGCCUGUGCUGAUGUGCUUAGCCUCUUGCGGAUGAGGGUGAGCUCUCCGGAGAAGCUAU